AUGCCUCCUAAACGAUCUUCAAAGGCUCAAUCUAGUUCCCGCAGAGCAAAGAACCUUGUAAGCCAGUCUGUGACUGCGCCACAGGCUUCAGAAAACGUGCCUGCGGCAGUCCGGCAGCCUCAGAAACUUGCCAGGAAGCAGAGAAAACCCGACAAUAUCCAGAAGCCUGAGGUUCAAGGACCAGAGGUUCAGAGAACACAGAGACAUACCCGAAGAUCUCAAACUUUGCCGCUUUUGGAAAAAAGAGACGAUAUAGACACGGUUACAUGGAAACGCAAACGACGUCCAGCGAAAUCAUCACUCGUCGCUGAAUCUCCCAGUCCAGGAGAAUCACUUGUCGCGGAACAACAAGCACACCAAACCACGAACGUGGUACCUUCUAUCGACCAACAGAACUCUCCUAUAGAAUCAGCUUCUGCAGGACAACAAGAACAAUUGGGUUUCGACUUGCUUUCAGCCGAUCUUCAAACUGAAGAGACUCUCAGCCUCCGGAGUUCCACCGAAUCUGAAACCACCACUUGGCUCAGAGAUCCACCAGAUGCCGAGACAGUUUUCUUGCAGCGCAACGGGUACACAACUGAGUUGAGUGACGACGCAUUAGCAGCGAUCCAAGUAGUCCUCGGCAAAGAGGCAGCAAUAAAAAUGGCAGGCAUCAGAUCUGACAGUCUAGAAUUCAGGAAAACCUUGGGAGUAGACCGCAAUGUUCUCUCCAAUGAGACGAAAUGGGACGAUCCCGAAUGGGCACAUCUACAGUCAUAUCAGCCCACGUUAGACUCGGAAGACGAUCCAAUUACUGGUUUCUUGGAUAGGCUCUGGUUGGCAGACCUUGGGUUUUGCAAAAAUCAGCAGGAAGCAAUAUUUCAGCGGACGGUCAUGAUGGCAAUGAUCAACCGACAUCGACUUAUCUUUGCUGGUGACAAGAUAGCAACAGCAUCCCCUUUGAUGUUCAGUGUCGAAGCCUCGUGGACUUGCCCUCCGAUGCCCACACGAAAGUACUACAGACAAAAUGAGGGAAACCCUUUUGCCAAAAUGCCGAGGCCAGACCUUUGUGUCUCGUUUCGUAGGACCGAGAUCCUGGACCCAGACUUUUGGACCACCCUCCUUCCGACCACGCAAGAACUCAUUUGCUAUGAGGGCAUAAGAGACCUCAAUAAUGAGGCAGCCCGGGCCUUUGGGUUCUUCUUCGUUGAGGCCAAAAGAUCCAGGCUUUGGCCGGACGACGAAACGGCUCUCAACCAGGCUCUCAACGAUGCCAGUCAGGCACUCCAUAACAUUUAUGAAUUUUUCAGAGAAGCAGGGCAAACUACAGAGUUCUUUUUGCGCGUGCGAGUCUUUUCCGCUACUGCCUCCGAAAAAGGCGUCAUAAUACGCGCCCACUGGGCAUGCGAGCUGACCGAGAACACUAAUGUGUCGAAAGCACGGAUCGAUCCAAAGUAUCCUCUUCAGUUCCGACAUCAGAUUUAUCAAAGCUUUAUGGGCGACGGCUUCGAUCGCUUGAAGGUUGUGGAGGCAUUUGAAAGGAUCAUGGUGGGAUAUGGACAAGAACAGUUGCUGCCUCUUCUCAAGACAGCUGCAAAAAGCGUGAGGGUAAAGGCGAGCGAAGCCUACGAGAACAGGGGCCGGAAACCAUGGGAAAGCUUUUUCAACGAUUACCGCUACGGCCAGUCCGGAAAACCCGGUAGCAGAAUGACUAGCCGGCUGCCGACACCAGCGGGUGGAAGCAGCCCACGACAUGAUCCGACGCCCAAAGACACCAUGUCUAUGCGAGACACUUUCACGUUCAGUACGACUAGGAGGGAGUAUCAACAAGACCCAGAAAGCACCUCGUUGAGCCAAGGCGUGGAAGCUUUGCAAACAACCAGCUUCUACUCGCAGCGCUCAACGAGCUCACGGAAUCAAGAUCGAGGUCCCAUGGCCACCGAGUACGACAACACCCCAAGCAAGAAACGAAAGAUAGGGACAACUAAGACGUGA